CGAUUGGACAUUGAGCCCGGCGGACUUCGUGCCGAGUGGACGUAGGGGUUGGACACACUCUCGCGCGGCCGAUUGCCGUGAGCGCCACUCACGCGACGAGAUCUCACGCGGCACCGAAGUGGGAGCGCCACAUUCUCCACAACUCGCCUUUAGACAAGGUCACAGGUGUACACACACACACAUACACACGUGUACACAUACACGUGUACACACACACAGGUGUACACACACAUACACACAUACACGUGUGUGCAUACACACGUGUACAUACACAUAUACACGUGUACAUAGACACACAUACACACGUGUACACACAUACACACGUGUACAUACACACGUGUACAUACACACAUACACGUGUACAUACACACACACAGGUGUACACACAGGUGUGCAUAUACACACACAUACACACGUGUACACACACACAUAUACACACGUGUACAUACACACACACGCAGGUGUACACACACAUACACACGUGUGCAUACACACACAUACACAGGUGUACAUACACACAGGUGUGCAUAUACACACACAUACACACGUGUACACACACAGGUGUACACACACACACACGUACAUACACAGGUGUACACACACACACACAGGUGUGCAUAUAUACACACAUACACAGGUACAUAUACACAUAUACACACAUACACAGGUACAUAUAGUACGUGCACUGCACGGAAACGAUAGGGGAGCAUACACACAUUUACGCACAGGUGCAUACGCAGGAUUUUAUGCGUACACAGGCCCUCCUUAACAAUUCACACAUACCGCAUUACACACACACACAUCUGUUCUAUAUUUAGACACAGACACACACACGCACACAUCUGUUCACAGGGCAAAUGCUUUUACCAAGAACCUAACACCUACACACACGCAACACCUGCACAUAUACACACACACACACGCACAGGUACACACACGCACAGGUACACACACACACACGCACAGGUACACACACGCACAGGCACACAAACACAGGUACACACACACACAGGUACAUACACACACGCACAGGUACACACACACACGCAGGUACAUAGACACAUACACACACACAGGUAGACACAUACACACACACAGGUACACACACACACAGGUACAUACACACAUACACAGGUACAUACACACGCACAGGUGCAUACACACACAGGUACAAACACACAGGCACACACACACAGCUACACACACACGCACAGGUAGACACACACCCGAACAGGUACAUACACACACGCACAGGUACACACACACGCACAGGUACACACACACACGCACAGGUACACACACACACAGGUGCACACACGCACAGGUACACACAUACACGCACAGGUACACACACACACGCACAAGUACACACACACAGGUGCACACACGCACAGGUACACACACACACGCGCACGUACACAACCUGCACGCACAGGUACACACACACACGCGCACGUACACAACCUGCACGCACAGGUGAGCUCAUCUUGGAUCCAUGGAGCACACCUGGUUCGUGAUACCUUUGGUCUGGGCUACACUCGCAGGACCCGUGGCAGGAGUCGUGGUCAUUCAGCCGCCCUUCAAUCCGAUCCAGACCGUGAACAGGGACGUUCUCUUCAACGUCAGUUACUCCGAGAAUGUGACCGACCCACAGAUCACGUGGACGUUCAAAAACAACAUCGCUCAAUGGAAAUCCGGCAACUUGAGCAAUAACGUCACUCACUCCGCCUACAACGGACGCGUUGAGCCGUACUCCAACGGCUCUCUGCUCCUCAAGAGCGUGUCGCUCUCCGACGCCGGCUCUUACACCGUCCGCAUCUUGGACUUCGUCUCGGCGGACGGAGUGGCGGUCAUCCGGCUCGACGUUUACGGGCUUGUGGGAGCGAUCAACGUCAUUCCGGUGACCUCGAACGUGACCGGGGUGGUUGGCAGUAACGUCCUCUUUAGCAUCAACUACGUGGAGAACGAUGACGACCCGCAAAUCACGUGGACAUUUACGUCUCGCAUCGCUCAAUGGAAAUCGAGCAACACGAGCGCUGGCUCGAUUCACAAUUUCUACCGUAACCGUGUCACGCUGCACUCCAACGGCUCCCUGCUCCUCAAAAACGUCGCCUUGAGUGACAGCGGCUCUUAUGGGGUCGUCUUGGUGGACAACAAACAGCCGGAUGGCAGAGCCAGCGUCAAGCUGGACGUAUACGAGGUCAUCACGGACACGAUACUGCACAUAGCACCCUCGCAGCCGACGCUGGGAGGCAGCGCAGUCUUGCAGUGCUCGGCAGCAAACGUGACCAGUAACACCGGGCUCUCGUUCACCUUCUACAAGUACGAUGCUGCCAUCGCCACGCUCCAGCCCAACGGAAGUUCGACCAACGUGAACCGCAGCAUCAACAACGUUACAUAUGGAGAUCGUGGAAAUUACUCCUGCUAUGCUGAGAAUCCCGUGAGCAAUGGAAUGAGCGCGUCCGUUCUGCUGGAGCUCGAAUGCAAAGCCAACGGCAGCAAGGCAACCCUGAGCGUCCCCGCUGUAAACACCUAUACUUUCACGCAAGGCGCCGACCUGUUGCUCUCCGUGGACUACGCGUUCCUCGGCAAGGCCUCCGUCCAGUGGACGUUCGGCGGAAAGGCCGUGGCCGGGUGGAUCCUGCCGGGCGGUGCAGAGGAGCCGCAGGAGUUCCUUCAAGGGUCCGGCUACGCGGGACGGACGACAGCCUAUGCCAACGGGUCGCUGAAAAUCAAGUCGAUGCAACUCUGGGACCUGGGGAGCUACAAUUUCAUGGCGGUGCCGUGCCGUGGAGACGCGUCGAUUGCAGUUUUCACUCUGGCCAAGGCGAAUUCGCUGCCAUCCCACUGCCUGGUCAGCAAAAGUGAAGCGGUGACUGUGGCUGUGGGGCUGCUGCUGCCUCUGCUGCUGCUCUCCUAGCCACCCUGAGGUCCAAGAGGCAAGAGGAAGUCAUCGUCCAAAGCUCCACCGCACCAUAUAUUACCGCGCACCGCAAUAUAUACCCACACAUGCCUUGCUCAGGGUGACUUGCUCAGGGUGACUUGCUCAGGGUGACUUGCUCAGGGUGACUUGCUCAGGGUGACUUGCUCAGGGUGCCUUGCUCAGGGUGACUUGCUCAGGGUGACUUGCUCAGGGUGACUUGAUCAGGGUGCCUUGCUCAGGGUGACUUGCUCAGGGUCCCUUGCUCAGGGUGACUUGCUCAGGGUGCCUUGCUCAGGGUGACUUGCUCAGGGUGACUUGCUCAGGGUGACUUGCUCAGGGUGACUUGCUCCCCUCAUCCUUCUUCCCGUGCCCAGUAGUUCGCGUCUUAGGGUCGGCUCUUCAUGCCUAAUAUUCCACCCUCCGUCCUCCCCCCAGUGGUGUGUGUAACUCAUUGCGGUUGCCCCAGGGAACAUUUUCUAAAAUGAGUACCUGGUGCGGUGUGUAGUAAACAUCGCCACUGGGGAGACAAAGGCGGUCGGGCGUGGUGCUGGCCACCCACCCCCUCGUGCGCCGUUCCGACCUUCAUAGGUGCUGCUGCUACUCGCUAACAGCACUUGCCCCGACAGUCUGUUGCAGGCUAUACGGGGGAUCUUUGUCUUUGGCUGUUCGUUCCGGCUUUCAUAGGUGUUGCUACUCGCUAACAGCACUUGCCCCGGCAGUCUGUUGCAGGUUAUACGGGGUGGGUCUUUGUCUUUUUAUUAUCCGUUGAGACUAAUUCUGAUUUUGCAAUCGAUUUGUUUAAAAACUCUUAUAACAGUUUCAUUUCAUUUGCCAGUGGUUCACUUGAAAUUUUGUUUUAAUACACUUCACCUAUCUCCGUGGAGGGGUGAUAGGGCCCAGCUAAUGUUGGUAUUUACGUUUUGCUUCAUAAUCAUCUUUGGACUUUGGGAUGUCUCUCUCUCCCCCCGUGGUCGCGUGGAUUGUUUUCACAUCCACAUUUUUAAACAUGCGUUAAAAUUAAUUGGGAUUUAUUUUGGCUGGUGAUAUGAAUGCCCAAAUUAUAAGGCCACUUUGUUGAGAUGUUAUGAUUUCGAUUUGAAGCUUUCGUGACUGCAGGGAUUCGUAUUCUUGGUUCUUUCGGUAAUGUCACGUAGAAGGGAAAUAAUAAAAUAAUAAACCAAUAAAAUUCACCAUUCUGGCGAAUUGCCCGAUGAUGCUGGAUGCAAUUACCAGCGAAACGUCGUACUACUCAAAAUUGUAAAUGUUGUGGUUUCACGUUUCAACACAUCAGUGGGCUAAAGCAGUGAACUAUUUGUCUUUUGUCAACGUAACACUUUUACUGAUUGGCCGUGUCGGGUGGUGGAGGGUUACGACACAUUUAUAAAUAACGCGAUCUAACCCAAAAAUCGUUGAUUGUGAAUAAUAUUGGUCGCGAAAGCCUGCUACGUGUUAAACUAAUAAAAUUCUCACGACGUUUCGAUUGCAACACAAGCAAUCGUCAUCAGGUGUGAAAACCACAGCAAGAAAUGUUUUAAAAAGUGGCAUUUCUAAAUCCUUUAUAUUAAGUUCGCUUGCUUGCUUAGGACUGUGCAAAUCUUUCGGUCGUUUUUUAACCCACUUCCCGUGAUCCAAUCGAGCUGACAUUUUGCACACAGACUCGUUGUGCGUGACAAUGCAUUUUCCAAAAUUUUACACUGUUUAGGGAAAAAUAACUAAAUAUUUAAUUACCAAUUGUUCAAUGCUGCCAGACAAUCAUCUGACCCAUAGGUGGCAGCCAUCUCAAGCCAGAGGACGAGAGGACUCUAGCCGCCCCGAUGCCACGCAUAUAAAGGAUUUAUAGUGAAAAACUUUGUUUUUACGGGUUAUACUUAUUCUUAACGUCAGCACCACGGACAGCAACUGGCGGUUGUUCAGACGGACGAGUCCAUCUAUGAUCGGAACGGAAGAGGGGGGAGAGAAAGAGAAUGGCCAGCUCUCUUCUGAAUAGCUCAGUGGGGGCUUAUUCCUGGUAUGAUGGGGAUGGUGUAGUGUUGCAUUUGUAUGUGUGUUGGGUGACUUGUUUACCGUUCUUUUACCUUACACUCCUAGCGUGUUUUUGUAACUGUGUGUUGUUGUAACGUUCGGACCUCAUGUGCCCCUACUGGACAAUCUGUGAAAAAAAGAGCUUUAUAGAUUAUCGGAUUCCUCCUGCAGUAUAAAUAAAAUAUUCUCAUUCUGAUGUA